AGUGAGGGAUGGAUAACGACAAGUCGUCAGGGUCCACUUUUCCGAGCGAACCAAAAGUUUAAACUUGACGAGCCAGAACAGCAGUUGCGUAAGGCUACCACCUAUCCAUUGCUUUUGCACAUUCUGCAACUGCAACUACUCUCAUCACUCAUCACCAUCGUCAUCGGCAUCUCACUCCAUUAUAAACCUACAAUGAACCCAUUCAAUCAAUGAACAACUAAACACACAGUCUCUUUCUCUUAAAGUCGAGUCGAAUCGAAUGGCUCAUAACGCCCUAGGUGCCAUCUCUGUUUCCGAUAUUGAAGCUCUUGGGAUUUCAUCAGAAUUAGCAGAGAAGCUUUACACUCAUGUUUCCCAAAUUAUCAAUAAUUACGGUUCUGCCACUCCUGAAACAUGGAGUCGUAUAUCCAAACAUGUCCUUACUCCCGACCUUCCUUUCUCUUUUCAUCAAAUGAUGUUCUAUGGCUGUUACAAGGACUUCGGCCCCGACCCGCCGGCUUGGUUACCCGACCCGAAGAGUGCAGCGUUGACAAAUGUAGGCCAGCUCUUACAAAGGCGUGGAAAAGAGUUUUUGGGUGAAGGAUAUGUGGAUCCAAUUUCAAGCUUCUCUGCUUUUCAGGAAUUUUCUGUUUCCAAUCCUGAGGUUUAUUGGAAAACUGUACUUGAUGAAAUGGAUGUAGCAUUUUCAGUACCUCCCCAAUGUAUUUUACGUGAGGAUUUAUCUGGGGAAAGUUCUUUCCUGAACCCAGGUGGGCAAUGGCUUCCUGGAGCAUAUGUCAAUCCUGCAAAGAAUUGCUUGAGUUUGAAUUCUAAAAGAAUUUUGGAUGAUACGGUGAUCAGAUGGCGGUGUGAAGGAAGUGAUGAUCUACCUGUAAGCAGCAUGACACUUGAGGAAUUGCGUACAGAGGUUUGGUUAGUUGCGUAUGCACUCAAUUCACUGGGUUUGGACAGAGGAUCAGCAAUUGCAAUCGAUAUGCCAAUGAAUGUCAAGGCUGUGGUUAUCUACCUAGCUAUUGUUCUGGCUGGAUAUGUAGUUGUGUCUAUUGCUGAUAGUUUUGCUCCCUUGGAGAUAUCAACGAGGCUUAAAAUUUCAAAAGCAAAAGCCAUAUUUACUCAGGAUCUUAUAAUUCGUGGUGACAAAAAUAUCCCCUUAUACAGUAGAGUUGUCGAUGCCCAGUCACCUAUGGCAAUUGUCAUUCCUACAAAAGGUUCUAGCUUCAGCAUGAAAUUACGUGAUGGAGACAUUUCUUGGCAUGAUUUCCUAGAAAAAGUCCAGAAUUUAAGAGGUAAUGAGUUUGCUGCUGUAGAACAACCAAUAGAAGCAUUUACAAACAUUCUUUUCUCAUCUGGAACUACAGGGGAGCCAAAGGCAAUUCCAUGGACCAGUGCAACUCCUUUCAAAGCUGCUGCAGAUGCAUGGUGCCAUAUGGAUAUUCGCAAAGGUGACAUUGUUGCUUGGCCCACUAACCUUGGGUGGAUGAUGGGUCCUUGGCUGGUGUAUGCUUCAUUAUUAAAUGGGGCUUGCAUUGCUUUAUAUAAUGGAUCCCCCCUAGGUUCUAGCUUUGCCAAGUUUGUACAGGAUGCUAAAGUAACAAUGCUCGGUGUGAUCCCGAGCAUUGUUCGGACAUGGAAAACUGCAAAUACCACAGCUGGCUAUGAUUGGUCUGCUAUUCGUUGCUUUGGCUCUACUGGUGAAGCAUCUAAUGUAGAUGAACACUUAUGGUUGAUGGGAAGAGCUCUCUACAAGCCUAUUAUCGAAUACUGUGGUGGUACAGAGAUUGGCGGUGGAUUUGUUUCAGGAUCUUUCUUGCAGCCUCAAUCAUUGGCUGCUUUUAGCACCCCGGCAAUGGGGUGCAGCUUGUUUAUUCUUGGUGACGACGGCCAUCCAAUUCCACAUGAUGUACCAGGGAUCGGUGAAUUGGCUCUUGGUCCCCUCAUGUUUGGAGCUUCAAGUUCACUGCUGAAUGCGGACCACUAUAACGUGUAUUAUAAGGGAAUGCCAGUUUGGAAUGGAAAGAUUCUUCGAAGACAUGGGGAUGUUUUUGAGCGUACUUCUAGAGGAUAUUAUCAUGCACAUGGUCGUGCAGAUGACACUAUGAAUCUUGGGGGUAUCAAGGUUAGUUCUGUUGAAAUUGAACGCAUAUGUAAUGUGGUUGACAGCAGCAUCCUUGAGACAGCUGCCAUUGGUGUGCCACCUCCUCAAGGGGGACCCGAGCAGUUGGUAAUAGCUGUAGUAUUCAAGAAUCUGGAAAAUUCAACCACAGAUUUGGAACAACUGAGGAAGUCUUUCAAUUCAGCUGUGCAGAAGAAACUAAAUCCUCUCUUCAGGGUUUCCCGUGUAGUACCUCAUCCUUCUCUUCCAAGGACUGCGUCAAACAAGGUCAUGAGAAGGAUUUUGCGGCAGCAAUUUGUACAACAGGAACAAAAUUCAAAACUAUAAAAAAGGAAAAGAAGAAAAACUUGGAGUUCAAUAAUGAAGUGAACGCACGAAAAUCCAUGUUUUUGUGUAAGGAUUGUAUGAUCCAGAGAAACCGAAUUUACUUGCUAAACCUCGUGGUUUUAGGCUCUGUUCGGCAUAAGCUUUUCAAGUAAUUUUUAGAAAAAUGUUAAAUGUUAUUUCUUAUAGUGUUCGGUAAUAUAACAUUUGGAUUAACUUUUAGAAGUUAAUAUAGCAUUUUAUGAAAAGUUAAUCCAUGUAAAUUUUAGUUUUUAGCUUGUCAUGAAAAGCUACUCGAACAAUAGUUAGCAGCUACUAAAUCAGUUAAUUUUGCUGAAUAAAUUCUCAAUGUGAAUAAAUGUACCAGCAGACGCAUAUUACAUAUAUGUACAUCCUUGCUCCGUUUUUA